UUACGAGCUACAGACCUCGCUUUGACAGGCAGUUUGCUUCUACGCACGCGUUGCGCAUUGCUUACCUUUUCGUUUUGUGACCGAUGAUUAGGAUCGGUUGAGCAAAAUGGGCCUGCUUAACAGCUUUUCGGUCAACAGACGUACUUUCGAGAAAUUUUAUUUUUACACAUUUAACGUUUAUAUCGCAGUAUGUGGAUUGUCCACAGUAGCCUGGUCCAGAGCAGCAACCUUCCAGAUCGAAAGUGUGAACAGAAUCACGGCCUGGAAAGACGACGCUACUAUUUCGUUGGAAGUUCUUAUGAUUGUCGGUACCUCUCUCUUUCUUAUCGCUUUCUUCGGAGGCGGAUUCAGCUUAUUGUAUUUCGACAACGCGAAGUUCAGGAAUUGGUGGUCCUAUACUUUCUGCACGACUGCUACAUUUGCAGUUUUAUUCUUGGUUGUGAUAAUUGCACAAGCAACCGCUGCGAUCUACAUGCUCGUAAAGGUACCAACAGCUAAAGAUGAUUUUAUAGAAGCCUUCAAAAAUUACUAUCAGCGAGAGGGGGACAAGCAUUUUAUAGAUGACACUCAGGCCGGAUUAUUUUGCUGCGGUAUUAAUUCUUACCGUGAUUACGCGGAGAUUCUUCGUAGUCCAAUCCCAGGCAGUUGCUGCGAUUCGUGGAGAAUUGAUUCGUGCACUGAAGAUGAUGUAAAAUAUAGACGCGGCUGUGUACAUUUGUUAAGUGUUUAUGGAUAUACAUUGGCAUUCAGCAUCUACGCAAUAAGCACUUUCACGCUGAUUGUCACAGUAGUUGAGUUCGUUGGCUUCAUUAUCGCACUGUACCUGGUAUAUUCUAUAAGAAAAAGGAAUGCAAUGGAGACGCAAACAAAGAAGUAUCAACAGCCACACGUCACUCCUCGCUGAAAUAAUUCUAAUAAAAUAUUUGCAGUUCGCUUUGAUAUUUUAACUCUUUUGGGAGGAAUUUUAACGCACUUGAUUCAAGAUCUACAAACAAAUAUUGAUUUUAUUUUUAAAUAAUAUUAAAAUGUUUUGUUUGUACUAUGUUCCUAACUUUCUCUUUUUAUACAUAUUUAUACAUUUGAAUAUCGUAUCAUCAAUAUACAUAUAUUUUAAUAUAUGUAUAUAAUUGUCCUUUGAUUCAAGUUCACACCUGUUUUCGAUAAAAAUAUGAAAAUACAAAAACCAAAAAAAUCUGUAAUUAUUUAAUACAUAAAAUUGUUUCGUACAUCAAUAAAACUAAUUUUUCUCUUUAAGAAAGAGAAAACAAAUAAUAUCUUAAAGGUUGAUUGUUUUACCUUAUAAACUAUGGCAACUAUGCGAUCAUAUGUCUACUCUAAUCUAAUGGGUUUACAUUUAGAUACAUAAUGGAUGUGUAUAUGUCUAUAAUAUAUUUUAUAUAUUGUUUAAUUAUUUAUUUCAUCGUUUUUCUUUUUUCGAUGCAAUAUGCACUCAUAUACGAUUAUUAAUACUGUUGUUGCUGCUGCUUCUGCUAUUACUGCAAAACUCUCUAGCUCUGCAUAAUAAGUAAAUAAAUGUAGUUAAAGGUAAUCAAUUAUAAGAGAAUUUUUCGUUUUACGUUCAUAUAUAUUGUCGUUAUUUAUUAAGUUCAAGAAAGGAUAACUUACAUUUGUGUUGAGCUAUAAUACAUACUAUGUACAUCGUCGUUCAGCAAGUCUCAUUUCACGAGAUUAUCGUUUGACUUCUACUGCGAGACCGGGAAUAAUGGAGGCAUCGCUGCUCCCAAUGUAGAACUUACAAACAUCUUAAAGCUAUAUCAUUAGUCUAUUAUUUUUAGGCUGCAGGACAAAAGUUGUUUCUUCGAGAAGAGAGUUUUACAUCUUUACUAUCAGUUUUGCAUUUUAAGUAAAAUAAAUAGUCAAAUAAAUUACGGCCUCUCUAUGGUUGAAAUUAGUAUACAUAGCAACGGAAAAUCUUUUAAGAUUAUCACUAAUUGGUAUUAAUUAACUCUGCACGGCAUGCCGAUAAAACUGGAAAAGUUCUUUUUACACAACUGUUAAUAAUAUUUUUUCACUGUAUGUUAGAUCUGUAUCAUUAUUUAAUAAUAAUAGUAAUGUGUAUAAAAUUAAUCGUCAUUUUAUUUAUUAAAAUGUUACCUUACAUAUGAUCGUGAUAAUAUAAAAUAUCAUUCACAUAUCACAAAAUCAUAAUUUAUAUAUUCCUAAAAUCCUUCUCAAAUGUUCAGAAAAUGUUUUUCGAGAAAAGUUUACGUUAUAUUUAAAAAAACUGCGAGAUUAUUUGGAUCUUUGUAGCUUGAACAAAUUUUUCAAAUUGUUCAGAAUAUUUUUGUAAGAUCAAUCAAUGUGCCUGCUUUAUAAUAAGAAAUAAUACAGUAUAUUGAGAUAAACUUGACCAAGCUCCAGUUUGUAAAAAAAAAA